AUGAUAAGAUUCUUGCAUAAGGUGGCCAAGCCUUUUACAAGCGCAGCGCAACCCCUAAUCAAUCUCCCUAAACAUCUUAAACCAACAAGAAUUAAUCUGAGUCUGAAAAGUUACCUUAAGUCCAAUCCAAUCAAGACCGUAUUGUUGUUCUCUGACUUGCUGAGGAAAAAGAUUUCUGCAGUAGAUAGCUACUCUCUCUUGUAUGUCAUCAAAGCUUGUGCUAAGAAAUCAUUGGGAACUGAAGGGCAACAAACCCAUACCCUUGUAAUCAAACUCGGCUACGAACCCAUCAUUUUUCUUCAAACAUCGCUCAUGGAUAUGUACGCUGCAACUACAAAUGUUGCUGAUGUGCACACGGUGUUUGACGAAAUACCCAACAAGAAUGUUGUGUGCUGGACUUCACUGAUUUCUGCGUAUAUGCGAAAUCAGAAACCAUACAGAGCUAUAGAGAUAUUCAGGCAAAUGCAAAUGGAUGGUGUAGAGCCUGAUCAGGUAACAUUCACUGUUUCCCUGUCGGCCUGUGCUGAUAUGGGGGCAUUGGAUAAAGGGGUGUGGAUUCAUGAUCUUAUAAGUCGAAAGCCGGAGUUUAGUGAGGAUUUAUCUUUAAUGAAUGCUCUGGUGAACAUGUAUGUAAAAUGUGGGGAUAUCAGAAAAGCUAUGUUAGUGUUUGAUAAUAUUAGAGUUAAGGAUGUUAGGACUUGGACAUCCAUGAUUAUUGGGCAUGCAUUACACGGCCAAGCAGAGGAAGCGCUAAGGCUGUUUUCAACAUUGGAAGAAGAAAACAAGUUAAGAUCAAGUCAAAGCCGAGGAACUAAGGACCAAUUACUUGUUCCGAAUGAUGUUAUGUUUAUAGGGGUUCUAAUGGCUUGUUCCCAUGCGGGGAUGGUGGAAGAGGGGAAAAGAUAUUUUAGAAGUAUGAUUGAAGAGUAUGGCAUAAAGCCCAGGCAUUCUCACUUUGGCUGCAUGGUGGAUCUGUUAUGUCGUCUUGGACUGCUAAAAGAGGCAUAUAGCUUUAUUUUGGCAAUGCCAAUUCAGCCAAAUGCAGUUAUAUGGAGGACCUUAUUAGGUGCCUCUGGUGUUCAUGGCAACGAAGAACUUGCUGCAGUGGCUCAGUCUAAAUUACGUGAGUUAAACGCUAGUCUAGUUGGUGAUGAUGUUGCGUUGUCUAAUAUCUAUGCUGCCAAGGGCAUGUGGGAGGAUAAAAUAAUGCUUAGAUAUGAGAUGACACAAAGGAGAACUCCUGGCUGUAGUACAGUUGAGGUGGGGAAGUUGCAUUCUUGAAUGUUAGUGCAGAAAAAGUGAUUAACCUUCGGAUUAGUUUCUUGCUCACUUCAUA